UUGUAUGCAAUAAAAAGCCGCCAGAGAGCCAAGGACCCCAGACUGAGCUGAGAAGGCAAAUCCACCGGACCACCACCACAUCGAGCGACACAGAAAUCUGACCACAAAGGCCACAAUGUUCUCUUUGCUACUGAUUGGUUUGACUGUGAGUCUCAGCGUCAUGGUAGAUGUUUCCUUCUGUCAAGGAUCCUGUGAACAGGGAUGGGUGAGCUAUUCUGGCCAAUGUUACCAAUUUUUCUCACUGAUGAAGACCUGGUCUGAUGCUGAGACAUUCUGCUUCAACCUUGGAGGACACCUUGCCUCAGUGCACAACGCCGAUGACAAUAAAUUUAUUACCAAUUUCAUUAAACGCAAGGACAUGUCUGGCCCUACCAUUUGGCUUGGAGCCUCCAACUACCAGCAGAUUUCAUUGUGGCUCUGGACAGACGGGUCAAAAUGGGAUUUUACAAACUGGAAUACAGGUGAACCCAACAACAGCAACAAUGUGGAGAGGUGCCUUCAUUUCAACUAUGCAGUUGAAGGUGGCUGGAAUGACGUCGACUGUGGAUGGGAGUAUCCAUUUGUCUGUGUGAAAGCUAGCAAAUGACAGCAGCAAUGAAAAACUCUGAAGAUGCAUGUAUUUCAAUACUUUUAAUACUUUGUGUCUGUGACUAAAUAAAGUGUCUCUGGCAUUCA